AUGUGCCAGGUGUUCACUUAUAUAAUGAACUUAACGCGAAGUUUAAAACCUUACAAACAUUUCGUACACGUAUUACUUCCGGUGUGUUUAAUCUUCUUGAUCCAAUUUUCGCAAAAGCGGAUCAUUGUAAAAGAAUUGAUUCGCUUUCAACCCGACAUGAAGCAUAUACUGGUCUGGACUAACAUUCAGGCUUUGAAAGGAGACGGGCAAACAUACUUUACUAACCGAAAAUGUGAAUAUACAAAUUGUUAUUUGACGCGAAACAGGAAUCUCUUCGGUGAUAUUCGUUAUUUCGAUUUAAUACUUUUUAAUCUUCAAGAUGUUAGUGUGGAUUCUGAACAUCUCCCGCAUGUGAGAGGUCAAAAUCAGAGGUAUAUAUUUGUGGCUAAUAAUUCGGCAGAUAACUAUCCUAUUUGUGAUUCGAAGUAUGAUAACUUUUUUAAUUGGACUUGGACCUACAGAUACGACUCAACAAUCCCGUACAGAUUUAUAACAGUGCACAACACCCAGUAUGAAGAGCUGGGCAGCCAUUUUCAUUGGAACACAAAUAUGAAGCCUAUCGAUGAGAAAAUUAAAUCGAAGUUUAGUACAAAAUCGAAAGCCGCUGUUAUAUUCCUUGAUAAGUGCAAGAGUAGAAACAAAAGAGAGAUUUUAGUAAAAGAUCUUCAGAAGGAGCUUGGGAGGUUUAAUUUAACUGUUGAUAUAUUUGGUGAAUGUGGACCAAGGCAGUGCAGACGUAGAACCAUGCAGCCUUGCUACUGGAGAGUGAAGAAGAUGUACUAUUUUUAUUUAGCCUUCGAAGACUCUAUGUCAGCCGAUUACAUCACCCAGGCCGUUUUAAACGCAUAUGACAAUUAUGCAGUUCCAAUUGUUUACGGCGGAGUUCAUUAUGAUAAAUACCUACCACCCGGGUCAUACUUAAACGCCGUCAACGCAUCAGCCGCCACUCUCGCGCAAACUAUGCACGAUAUCAUAGCCAAUAGAGAAAAGUAUUACAACUAUUUCCGGUGGCGGAAUCACUACAUCAUCAGCAAGUCAACACCGCUAGAUGGAUGUGAUCUUUGUCAAUUAAUGAAUAAUCCAGUUACAUUAAAACAGACGUCAUCUUAUGAGAACUUUAGAAAAUGGUGGAAUCCUAAUUAUAUACAGCGAUGCAAGUCCAACUAA